AUGGUCUACCUAAACGAGGACACAGAACCUAACCUUCUCGCUGUUGAUCGACCCACACAGUCGCCUGUCGUGAAUAAUAAAGUCACGGUUAUCAUACCUCCUGGAUGGCUUACGACGAUUUCUGCGGUAAGCACACAGCAGUUCAUCAGUCGAUGGGAUUCCGAAGACCAAGCAAUGACGGUGAAUGAGAGCGAACAUGGGCUCCUCAGUACAAAUCUCCGUGUCGCCUGUAUGGAGCGUCAAGAUACCAUGAAGACUGUACCUGAUUAUCAAACUUUCUGGAUUUUUGAUGAAACCCCCACACCACGUGGCACCAAUGCGAUUCUUAAUGUACAUUCCUCGAAGAACAGUAGCGGAAUAGACCUCAAUGAUCCCGGCAAUCCAGCUCCCGGGACAACAAAUCCCGGUUUUAAUGACACCCUCGACUUACCUCGCCCCAGCUCCAUGGCAGAAUACAUGACAAAUUACCACAUUAUAUUUGUUAUCGACGACUCUAGCUCAAUGCGCGGCCAACGAUGGACUGAAGUACGCCUUGCUCUCACUGAGCUCUCCAAGGAGGCGAUGCAAUACGAUGCAGAUGGUAUGGAGAUCUGCUUUUUGAAUUCGCAGAAGCGCAAGGACUGCAUUGCCAACCCAGCGGAUAUGCUCGAUAUCUUCGACGCUGUUCAACCACGAGGAUGGACAUACACGGGGGCAAAACUGAAAUUUCUCUUGAACCGAUGUAUCAAGAGAUUUGAUGACGCUGCGGGAAAGCCAGAAUAUGCGGAUAUAAAACCAGUCGACAUUAUCGUGCUUACCGAUGGUGCACCUACUGAUGACCCGGCAGUCGUGAUCGCAGAUGCCAUUCGGAGAUUGGAUGGUGCAAAGCAUCACCUCAAUGCCAUCGGAAUUCAAUUUGUGCAGAUAGGCGAUGAAGACGGGGCUGCAGCCGCGCUACAACUGCUCAAAGACUGUCCCCUUCGUCGUAUGGUCGAUACCGUGCCCUACACAAAAGCCUUGACCCGACAGAGGCUCGCUGAGGUCCUUCUUGGUACUCUUCACCCUUCUAUUAAGUCAGCAAUUGCAGAAAAGUCGUCCACUGCGGUCAAAGAAUGUCCUAUUUGUUGCUCUGAUGAUAUCCCAGAAUAUGAAUAUCCUCGCUUCCCGCCGACAAAUCGAUGUCAGCACGAGCCUAUAGCGUGCCGACAAUGCCUUGCACAGCACAUAGAGGCGCAACUUUUUUCUCAAGCCAUGGUCCUUGAGAUCAAUUGCCCAAGCCAUCCUUGUCCGGAGAAGCUUGGCUACGACGAGAUAAAGCAAUGGGCUGCCGCUGAUUGCUUCAAACGGUACAAUAGCAUAGCUCUUCGACAACACUUGUCUGAGGACAUCAACUUCCGUUGGUGUCUCAAUGCGAAGUGCGACCACGGUCAAACUCAUCGACUUGGAGGUCUUUAUCAGUCCAUCUCAUUUCUCGAGGAUAUACUGACACAAGCACUGCGCAAUGUAGAUGAGUAUCCGAUUGUUCAAUGCACCUGGUGUUAUAAGAAGUCUUGCUUCACUCAUCAGCUUCCAUGGCAUGAAGGCUUGACUUGCGCCCAGUUCGAUUCUCUUCGUCCGGAUGUAGCUGCUGACCAAGAAGCGGCACAACUCCUGAUUGGUACCACCACUCAGCAAUGUUCCAAGUGCAAAAAGCGGGUCGUUGCGGUCAUCAAUUCAAGGCGUUCCCUCAUCCAGUUCUCGCAAUCGGUUCUACUUAACUGUGCCCGAAGAAUUACCUGUAAUGUCAUUGCCCUCCUCGGUAAAUUUAGGCACUUUGGUCCAUGCUCCCAUCUGCGCUUCCAGAUCGACAUUCUCCAUGCAUCCACUAUCGCAAAAUUCAGCCAGUGUUGUCUCGGUGGCUUGAUACCAAUCUUCUACGUCGUUCAAAUCGCUCUCGAAAUCUGGCUUGUCUGUGUCCGUAUCACUGCUUGCAAGCGUGCAUUGUCAUCCUCUGCUCAUAAUCGUCUGGGUUCUUCAACGGCUUGUUCCUCAUGCAUCAUUCUGAGCCUUGACACUUUUUUGGCAGGAUGUGGCCCUAAGGAGAACAUUAUUAGUUUACAUGGAAUGAAAGCAGAAGAAAGCAGGGGAAGGGCUAGCUCAAACCGCGGAGAGUAUGAUGGUGAAUCGACGGGCAAUUGGGAGUUCCAGAUAUGCACCUUCGCCCAUUGCUCAAAAUGCCUAUCCCCAUCCUCCGGCUUCUCCGAGUCGCCCAACUCAAAUCUUUCAUACACAAGCACCGUCGUUUCACAUUGGUUCUAUCCCCAGGAUGCUCAGCGGUUCCUUGCCUGGGGUAUCCGAGCGAUGAGGGGCAAGGUUCGCACUGACGACAAAGAAGGGACUCGGGAGGGGCCCGACAAUGCGGUCUAUUGGGAGGACGUGGAUUUCGGUAUGACUGAAAACUGGACGAAUCAAGUUGAAGUUCAUGAACUCGGCUCUCUAAGUACGUUCCCUACUCUAUCUCCGCAGGUCUCUCUGCUUACAUUACCCCAGGCAUUGGCCUCCCUCACCUCCCUCCAACCCCACAUAGACGCCAUCCACGUCAAAGCCGAGGUUCACAACACCCGUAAUCGACUCACUGCAAGACCUACUCCGACGCAUACCGAAGGCCGCACAAACUCGCUCUCCUACUGCCGCGAAUGCCAACAUGCCCAGGAACUCUUCCAGGUUCUCUCAGAAUCCAUCAAGAAGGAAAUAGCUGCUGUCGAUAAGGAGGGACAUAGGGAUCUUCGGUUGGGUGGAUUGUCGGAGGUGCCGUUAGAAAGGAUGAGGGAGACUGGGAAGAGCGUGUUUGAUGGGCUGACGGCUGAUCGGAGCUGUAUAAAAACACUUCCUUUGUAUAUUCUCGACAGCAACAACCUCCAGACAUUCUACAUGGCUUUUGCCGAUGCUAAGUUCCUUCCUUCGGGUACCUACGCCAUCAUCAACGUCGAGUACAACCGUUUCAUCUCUUUCAACAAGGAGGGCGAGUCUUUCUCCGCAUCUGAGGUAGACUAUGGGUGUGCCAUCUCAUUCCUCGCGAACAAGAAAUGGUCGAUUCAAGGCCCGCCAGAUGUGUUCGCGGACAUUGGACCUCAUGCAGAGGAAGGAGAAGACGUUGUCUCGAUAAAAAACCCGCCUAAGCCUCAUCAGAUCUACUCCCCAACUCAGCCCGAUCUGUUUUGGAGCCUUCCCAAUGGCGAUGACGGGGCAUCUCUGCAAUUAUCUUCUAAAUACGACAGCAGAGCAAGCUAUUGGAAGUUCAGAAAGUUAGAAAAGGUGGACGGUGACCCCCAACCUCCUGAUCCAAUGAAACAGUUUGUGGCUGCUGCUGUAAAGGGUCCAACUCCACUAGAUUCAGCGAUCAAAAAUACCUUCGCCGUGACCAUACCGGCUGGCUGGUUAACAACCAUUACUUCAGUCUCCUGCGGAAAUUGCGUUAAUCUUGUCAGAGUUCGCCGCGUUGUCAAUGAGGCGCUGGAGAAAGAAGAUCUUAUCAGUGGUUGGGAUACUAUUGAUAAGGCAAUGACGGUCGAUGGAAGCGAUUCAGAUUCAUUGGCUCUGCCUUCCGCGGAGGAGGCUUAUGCCCUUGUCAUCGAGGCUUUCAACUCUAGUAAUCGAGCAAGGAAAGACCCACAUUAUAAAAGAAUUGAAUACAUCUCUGAGCAGAUCAAUGCAGGACCAAAGUAUUAG